AUGGCACCACUUCAUAUAACAAAAAAAAAACCAGCCUAUGUACCUCCACAAGGUAUCCGCUGCCAAAAGUGUCUGGAAUUCGGUCAUUGGACUUACGAGUGCAAAGGAAAAAGAAAAUUUGCGGACCGCCCGACUCGUACGACGUUGCUUAAGAGGAAUUUGAACAAGGACAGGCCUGCCAGUCAAAUAUUAUGCAAGCCCGUAAAAGAAGAGAAAUCGAAGAAAAAACUAAGAGAUGCGAAACGGAAAAAGAAAAACGAAAAUUCUUGGAACUCGGAAAGCGAUAGCGACGGUUCUUCCAGCAGCGGCGAGAGUGACACCGAUAGUGACAGCAGUAGCACCAGCAGCGGUAGCAGCAGCAGCAGCGGCAGCAGCGGCAGCAGUAGCAGCAGCAACAGUAGUAGCAGCAGUAGUAGCAGCAGCAACAGCAGCAGCAGCAACAGCAGAAGCGGGGAUAGCAACAGCGGCCAAAAGAAAAGCAAAGCUGGAAAGAAAGAAUAA